CCUCAGCGCGGAGGAACGGCUCCACCAACGCCCCCUCCCCAGCCUCUGGCCGCCUGCCCGCACCUGACACACCGGCGGGUCCCGCACAGCACCUGCCGUGGGCUCUCAGCCUCUCUCCGGCUCGGUCCUGCCCCUGUCGCCCCGUACGACAAGCAGACGCCCACCGCAGGUGCACCCCCGUCCCUCUGAACACUGCCUUCCCUUCGCCCGGUGGCGCAUCUCCUCAUCUCCUCCCCAGCUACACCCGCUGCUGACCCUUCCCGCCUCUCCCGACGCAGGGGCUGUUGGACUCCAUCGUCCCCCGGCCCCCUGCGCCGCCUCCCCGGGCUAGGGCCCUCUCCGCCCCGCCAGAGCAUCUCUGGGGUCAGCGGGACCCGAGCGCUCAGCAGGCGCCCGCGAGGCCGCCAAAGGAUCCGUGUGCGGAGGCCCCCUGCGCGCCGCUCCCACCAGCGCCAUGGAAGCCGCCGCCAACGCCCGCCCCGCCGCACAGGAGAUGUUACAUCCAAGAAAUCUCAUCCCAGAGCUUUGCAAGCUGUUUUAUGAUUUAGGCUGGGUAACAGGAACUGGUGGUGGAAUCAGCCUGAAACAUGGGAAUGAAAUCUACAUUGCUCCUUCAGGAGUCCAAAAGGAAAGAAUACAGCCAGAAGAUAUAUUUGUUUGUGACAUAAAUGAACGAGACAUCAGUGUUCCUCCACCACACAAGAAACUAAAGAAAAGCCAGUGCACUCCACUUUUUAUGAAUGCCUACACUAUGAGAGGGGCAGGAGCAGUGAUUCAUACUCAUUCCAAGGCUGCUGUUAUGGCUACCCUUCUUUACCCAGGGACUGAGUUCAGUAUUACCCAUCAGGAGAUGAUAAAAGGAAUCCAGAAGUGUACCUCGGGAGGCCAUUACAGAUAUGAUGAUACACUAGUGGUGCCCAUUAUUGAGAAUACACCAGAAGAGAAAGAUCUCAAGGGAAGAAUGGCACAUGCACUGGAAAAAUACCCAGACUCUUGUGCUGUGUUGGUCAGACGUCACGGAGUUUACGUAUGGGGAGAAACAUGGGAAAAAGCCAAAACAAUGUGUGAGUGUUAUGAUUACUUGUUUGAUAUCGCAGUGCAGAUGAAGCAGCAUGGACUGGAUCCUUCAAAACAUCCAACAGGAGAAAAUGAGAACUUGUAAAUGACAACAAGAGUCAUAGCACAGUGUGAAUUUAUCUGUAGCAAUGAUCUGUUUGAAUGGAGACACUACAGAUGACACCAUCUCUUCAGCCUGCUUUUCUACUCAGGAAAAUUGACUACAACAGAUCUCCCCCUGCUCUAUUACCACUGCAGUCGUGUCUAUACCUGAAAUAAUGCUUUUUUACAACACAAUGCAGCAAAAGGAUAUGUAUUAAUAGCUAAAUAUGUCCUGUGCAUAUUUAGCAUCUAUGUAUAGCGUGGAGUGCAAUUACUUUUUAAAACUAAAAUGUGUCAGGCAUUAUCAGCAAAAGUCAACGGAGCAGGAAGCCCAGGCAGCUAAGAUAUACAGAGAUACCUGAACACCCACUUUUAUUCUUCAGCUCGCAGGGUAUUUCAAUCUAUUUCAGUUGUAUUGCUUGUACAGUGGGCUGUUGGUCUUUUUUUUUUCCCCAGCAGAAGUGUCUGGUUGCUGUUUGAUUGUUUCAUUGGUUAGUGUCAGCUUUUUACCUCGUGCAGCAAGUUACCAUGACACGAGCAAUGCUUUGAAAGCUUUCAUAACAAAUAUUUUCAAGUAAAAGCACAUAGGCAGUCCUUCACUUGAAGGAUCCCUGAAACAAUUCUGGUGUGGCAAAAUAGUGGUAGCAUCAUGUUUCAUGGUCUCAUGUUUCACUUCUCUCUGAAAAUCUAAGCAAGUUUAAAGUUACCAGUACUGAAAUUAUGAAGGAGUUACUGGACCAAAGGGGUAGUCUCAUUAACUUGUUGCACAGUGCUUGUUGGCCCAUUAGCUAAUUAUGCCCACAGCAGAGGAGGAAGCAGUGGUACAGGAGGCUGCUGCCAAGUGAGUCUCUGCAUGAUGUAUUGGGAGUGCUGCCACCCCAUACCAGGAUGAAGUCACUGUCUGCCACAGUGCAGAGCCACCUCUUGGCCUUGCUUCUCAGCUCCUGCAAUUGAACAGGAUGGGCUAACUCAGUGUCAUUUAUAUUUUUUUGACUGUUUCUUCUUACUUAAUUUUUACCUUGCUUCACCUAUACAUAUUUCUUACAUGAUGAUGGGGGUUACAGGCUCCACCUUACACUUAAAACCAGAAGGGAGUGUUGUUAUACUCAGCUGAUUGAUAGGUGUUAGCAGCCAGUUCUGACUAUUAAAACACAUCCAAGAAAAAAAGGAGAGUUAAUGCAAAAAGAAUAAAAGGCUGAACAAUCACUGCUCUUUAGGAAUCAUGUGUGAAAAUUCAGAUUAAAAAAAAAAAGAUUUUGAAAAAAGCUAUGGACAAAUAAUGUGACAUUUUGUUUCCAUGCUUUAAAAACUCAUAUUUCAACAACCUUCAUUUGCUGAUCAGGUUCUGCUGCUACAUCAUUUAACUUGUUCUGUGUAUCCAUUUCUGAAAGUUAUAGUAGCCUUUAUUCGCAGGGAAAACCCCCUUAAUUAGAGAUUAGGUACAAAGUUUAAAGUAUUGCUUAAGUUGUUGAUUCAUUUAUGCCAUUUUAAUAGGGUGUUUUUUAAGCUAAGCCUGUAGCAUAUGUAUUUUUGAAUUUUCUUAAUUGUCAUUAUAAUGAGUAGGAAACAAUUUUAUGGCAUGCAUUUGGGAGUUGCUACUGAGAGACUGCUUUGGGUCUUGUCUGUCCUUUACCUCUUUAAAUGGAUACACUUUCAUAAAAUGUUUUUUUCCUACACCUACAGCUUUACAGCAGCUUUGUAUGGCUUAUGGUUAGCCAUCCUAAGAUACAUUUAAUCAAGCUUCUCAAUAAAAUGGAGUCUCACAUUUAUGUACCUCAGUGUAAUUUUUCAAAAUCUCCUGGAGUGGUGCCCCAGAGUUGAAGUCCCAAUUGACCAACUCUCUGACUCAGUAUUGCAUCCUGAGGAUGAACUGAGCGAGGGUAAGCACCAGUUUACCUUGUUUCCUGAUGAGGGCCAUGCUUUCCUACCACUUCUCCAUGCAUCAUCUCUGGCACUUUUUUGAGCUUAACAUUUCAAACUAAGAAAAGUACUGCAAAAGUUGUGGAGAAGAAAAUCAUCCUGUUGUUCCCUAAUGGUGAAACACUGAAUCAACUCAGAGAUGGGUCUAAACAGAACCAGAACUUUGACAAAAGAGAUGGCUGAACCCAGAGGUGGAGACAUUUCCCUCAUGUCGUGGGGAUGACUAUUCAGAUUUACUCAGGUACUUCUGGACAGGCGUUCACUGUGGAUGUUCUGAAGAGUUCAGAAAGAACAGAAGUCUGUGGUAAAUAAUCUGCUAAACAAACAAAUUGGGAAGAAAUUUCUUAUAUUUUUCAGUACUAAUAACCACAGGGUUUUCUUUAGCCAUGUGUGUUAGAUUACUGAUUAUAGCACAAGAUAAGCUGUUGGUCUCAUUACUGGUAAUUGUAUUGUGCUGAGCUUGUACAAAACCCAUCCUAUUUUGCUGUGUAUCCAUGUCCCCAUGUAACAGUCUGUCACUGGGCACUGACAAAACUAAUUUACAGUAUAUCAUCAUGGUAUAAAACCAAUUGCCUGCUGACCUGAUCCAACCUUCUGCAUACCAGCUGUUUGUAAGCAGUAAGAUGUUUGUGUUAUGACAGCUUGGUGUAUCCACCAGAACUGUUACUGCUAUACUGUCAGUUUGUCAGCAAACAGAAGCCUCUUAUCACCCAUCCUUGUAGAAGCUGCAGCCUAUCUUUCUGUGCUGCACACCAGAGUACGUUCAGCAUCUGCUGCUACCAGACCAACAGCAGCUAUCAAAGAUGACAUCAAGACCUCCACUGAUGAAAUUACCACUUCACAAGAAUAAUUCAUUAUAGAACAAUUUCCUAUCAUAAACCCAUCUACCAUGAUGACAUACCCUUACCUCUCUCAGAUGCUUCACAUUUUCUCAACAGGAAAUUCCUGAGCUUUACUCUCAAAUUUUCACAUCCCUACCAGACAGAUAUGAAAUUAGGAAUUAAAGACACUGCCAUCUAGUUCAGAUAGGUCUCUUUUCCCUCCUCCCCCCCCCCCUCCUGAUGAUUGGACUGGAAGACUCACCAGCAUCAAUUAAAAUUAAUUUAAUUUAGUUGAACAAAAUGUGUGUCAUUCUAUUCUUACAUUAAAGGAAUAACCAUAUUUCAUUCUUUUCUGGAUUUCCUCACAUGUUUUAGGAACACAUGAAUAGCAUUGACUGUUGUUAUUCCAUCGUUUUUACUUCUGAACUCCCCAAACUCUUGUGCUAAUUCUUAAAAUUCCUGGAGUUGUGGUGUUCUGUUUCCAGACUGAAAGGUUUCACUGAGGAUCUGUGGCCUGUGUCCAUGUUUGUCUUUCCCUGCUGUUCUUUGUGACCUGCAGUACACAACCAUUAAGCCUAAGGGUGAGUGUGACCUGAAUUACUGUGAAAUAGUGGUGAGCACUAAGUCACUGCAAUUUGCUUACUAUGUUUAUCAAUACAAUUUUUCAUUAUUAGACUCUUGUUUGUCAGUGGCAAAUAUUUUGCAGUGAUUCCACAUCUUAAGAACAUAUGUGGGUUGAAGAGCUUGGGUGAAAAAAUGUUAUUUUUUUAGAUCAGAGUGUGACUUCGGACAAGCUACAUGCUCCUCCUCUCCACUUAGCACAAAACACAUCUCCAGUUAUUUUUAAGACUUCAGAAGCUGCACGUGACCUGAAGGGAAAUAGCAUUUAUAUUUCCCUUAGCUUUUCUUCUCUGUGGGCCUGCUCAUGAAAAGACUUCUUGAUGUGACCGUCCACUUAGUCUUGAAAUCGAGUUGCUAUCUAUUGUUGGUGACCUGCAAUUUUUUAUUUAAACUGCUAGACUCCUGCAAAAAGUAAAUUUCUGUGGUAUUCUGAUGAUGCUGUCAGAAUGGACCAUGAUUGUAUCAUUCCAUAAUACUGAGGUUUUAUACGGAUAAAGGUGAUUUUACAUUUGGUGUU